UUUAAAACCAUUUGUUUCUAGAAGGGUUAAUAAUAUAAACCACUGAAAUAUGAUUUUAUCAAAUAUUUAAAAUUUAAUUAAUAAUGCGUCAUUAGCUCGACGAAUCGGCAUUUGUAAUUUUACAAUUAAAUUUACAUUUUAAUGUAUACUUUUGCGUAUCUGAUGAACGUGCUUCAACUUAGUUUUUACCCGCGGGAAAUUAUCAAAAUAUAUCAAUAAGUAUUUAAACUCAGAAUUCUGUAGUUCUAUGUAGUUAUUGGAUUCGUUAUUUGUUAUUUACAUUAAAAAUUUAACUGGUGCCUAUUGAUUGCGUCGAUAAUUAAACAUCACUAGUAAUUAUAAUUAACGGAGAAUAAAAUUCUAUUAGAUUAUCACUGUUUUCCGGUACUCACCAAAAAAGCCGUUGUAGAUCAACUUCUAUAGUAGGUACCUAAUAUGAAUAUAAAGUUUUGAGAUCACAGUGUAAAUUAGAAAUGUAUCCUGGUUACACUCUAACGGCAUUGAAAUAUAUAUUUUUUCCAUUAAAUCUACCGAUACUGUGUGGAGAACGCCCUACUUACCCAGUAGAAAGUGAAAUUAUUUAACGAGAAUAUUUUGAUUUCACAGAAAGCAUUUAUACUUACAUAGUAAUUUAUAAUUCUGCCAGAAGAACUAGUCAAAUUCCAAUUACGAACCGAAAAGAAUAAAUUAAUUAAAUACUGGGUGGAGUUUUAGGUUCGUUACUUUAGACUUAGCAGGAUAAUCUUUUUAAACAUUGAAAUUAAAUGCGCUUUGUUACUGUGUAUUUAGCACGCAUUUUUUUCAUAUGGAGUUCUGGUAGCAUUAUCUAUAUUGUUUCAAAUCCGGUUUAAAAAUGGCUUGCACCAAUAAAUUCUGCAUACAUUUUUAUAUAUUUCCGAUAUUCUAGACCUAGCAGAAUAAUAUUUUUAAACAUUGAAAGUUUAAGUGCGCUUUUUUACUGUUAACUUGCUACGCAUUUUUUUUGGUGGAAUUUUAGUAAUACUAUCUAUAUUAUUUAAAAUCCUGUUCAAAAACGGCUUGCAGCAAUAAAUUCUGCAUACAUUUUUAUAUAUUUCUGAUAUUUUAGACCUAGCAAAAUAAUCUUUCUAAAUAUUGAAAAAUUAAGUGCGCCUUUUUACUGUUUAUUUGAUACGUAUUCUUUUUAUGUGUGUUCUGGUAGCAUUAUCUAUAUUGUUUCAAAUGCAGUUCAAAAACGGCUUGCACCAAUAAAUUCUGCAUACAUUUUUAAAUGUACGUCUUUUAGCAGAAUAGUAUUUUUAAAUAUUCAAAAGUUUGGUGCAUAUUUUACUAUUUUGUCUAAUACAUAGUUCAUAGUGUAAUUUGUAAUGACUAACGUUUUUUUUAAAUGCACGGUUCGUUUUGAUACUUUCAUGACUGCAUCACUUUUACAUUCGCAAAAAAUUCUUAUCCACUCUGUUCCUACUAAGGAUUCCCCGAUUUUAUGCAUUACAAUAUCAAUAGUACAUUGAUCAAUCACUGUUUAUAUUAGAUUAAAAAAAGCAGAAAGUCAUUAAUCAUUAAUGUAAUAACAUAAUAUAAUUUAUUCAAACAUCGUAGUUAUUAUUAUAUUUUUAUUUUAUUGUUGAUAAUGUAUGAUUAGACAACAUUUUGUGAUUAUCCUUUGUGUAGGUGCUAUAGCCACAAUUUUUAGUAUCUGUGAUAUGGUAAAUAACCAUAGAUUAGGUAAAUAACCUCAAAAAAAUUCAACGUAUUUUGCGUAUUAAAACCGUGUUGAUUAUUUGAUAUAUCCAAAAAUAAAUGUAGAAUGUCUGAUAGAACUCUUUUGAUUGAUUUAAUAAAACGGCUUAAUAUAUCUGAAGGUGAAGCUGUUUUAUGUAAAGGGGAAGAAUAUUAUAGAGUUCUUCUGAAUAAAACUCUCUUAAGGAACUUAAACAACACAGCAAAAGCUAUAUUAUGUUUAGAGUUAGCAGCAACAAAUUUGGGUGUGAAGUUUGAUAGAUGUGUUGGCAUUAAAUUAAGUGGUUUUCGAAAACAAGUGUAUCAAAACCAUUUGCAUACCAUUGAAAAAAUAUUAGAUUUGGAUAAACCCGUGACCAUUAAAGAAAUUUGUAGUCAACAUAAUUGUAGGAAUGUUGAAAGUUUAGCUGGAGAAAUUCUUGAGAAGUUUAGAAUUGCAAAUAAUAUUCCUGAUGAUGUUGUACAGAGUCAUUACGUUACUGCCGCAGUUUACGAAGCCUGCAUAUUAAAGAAGAUAAAAGUCCAGAAAUCACAUUUUAUAACUGCAAGUCGUCUAAAGUCUUCCAAAUGGAAAGAAUUGGAGAGUCAAUUUAAUGAAUUGGUGAAGAAAGAAUUCUUAUCGAAUGAAGAACAUGAAGAAAAUAAAGGUUUUGAUAAAUUAUUUGAAGAUUGUAAAAGUGAUGGUAUGGAGAAUAUGAAGAUGAAGAAGAUUUACAAUUGGAAGAUUAUGAGGUGUGGAAGCAAAGAGUGUUAAGAGAAGCAAAAGAAGCUGUAGAAGCAGCCCGCAACUUAAAGUAUCAAUACAAUAAGUCUUAAGUCACAAGCAAUCAUUAGUUAUCAGUAUUUUUUUUAUGAAGUCUCAGUCUUCUGUUUAAAUUUGCCUCUGAUUAAAUUAAAAGACAGUGUGUUACAAACAAUAUGGAAUUCAAAGUUAAUCUUCUUAUGGGUUCUUUUUGGUAGAAUUAAACAAAAAUUAUUUUUACACAUGUUAUUAAAAUUAAGGAAAUAUAUUUUUUGUAUUAUUACCACUUAUUAAUUUGAUUAUCUGUAUUUUAUUAUAUAAUAUAUUUUUCCAUAAUUUAUAAACAUGCCUCCUGUUGUGACUUCAGUAUAACUGUUCUCUGUAGGCUGGCUUAUUAGCCUAUCUAUUUUCUGUAUGGGGGCUAAGCUCGUUGAUUUUCUCUAAUUACUAUGUGACGGCACUAUCAUUUAAAGGAAGGGACUAUGACUGUUUGUGUGACAAUGAAUUUGUGUAAAACGUUGAUCAAAAUUAAAAUUAAUUUGGGGUUUUUAA